AUGAGGGGGCAGCGGCGUUACCAUGGCGCUCACGAAUAAAGGCGCGCGUGCAAGCUCACUUUUAAACACCCCGAGCGAGCGCGCGCGAUGACCGGCGCAGUGAAAGAUCUCAUCUAUCACCAUCAUCGGUUUUCAUUCCCGUGACAGGAGCGCGCUGAUGGCCGCGGGUCCGGUCUGUGCCGGUCACCACCACCUGCGUGUGUGCUGUUCGGGCUAAAUGGAGGAACGGUGCGGACUUUCGUUCUCCUCCUGCACGAGCGCUCGGUUCGAACAAAACGGGCUUUGUGGGUUUCUUCCCGUGAUAAUCCGGUUUUAUUUCGGGGGGGAUCUGACCGCUGUUCGGGAUUAGGCGCAUACGUUACUGGGGUGCCGCUUGAGAGCUCGCGCACUGCGCGGUCUUUUGUUUCAGAAAGACUCUGAAGUCUCGGUGUCGGUCUCGAGCGCGGAAUCACUCCGUUCUCCGGUGCUGCUAUGAGUUCCUGGCUGCUCACAUACUGUAACCUCAUUGUCCGUAGUGCGGUCCUCAUUGCUGCGUUCGUUGCCUUUGCAUCCUCUCUUUCGGCAGAUAAUAAGUGUGGGUCACCUCUUGUCUCGACUUGUCAAGAAUGCCUGAGCCGUGGACCAGAUUGUGCCUGGUGCUUUCAGAAGAACUUUCUGGAUGGAGCACACAUUAGCAAGAGAUGUGAUUCUGCUGCUCAGCUUAUGCUUAAAGGCUGCGGGGAAGAGUUUAUUGAGAACCCUGGAGUUAAAGUGGAGGUGAACAUGACACUAAGCAGUUCCCAGGUGACUCCUCGAGACAUCUCCAUCCAGCUGCGACCAGGCAGUGAGGCGAGCUUCACAGUGGAAGUGAAACAGUUGGAGUUGUAUCCAGUAGACCUGUACUACCUGGUGGACGUCUCUGCCUCCAUGCAGGAGAACCUGGACCGGCUGAAGACUGUUGGAAUGAGCCUUUCUCACCGCAUGAAGGAGCAUUCCAGUGAUUUCCAAGUGGGGUUUGGAUCAUUUGUGGACAAGCCAGUCUCUCCGUAUAUUGAUGUACAUCCUUCAAAAAUCAGUAACCCUUGCAGUGAUUAUGAGGUUAAUUGCCGGCCAGCCCAUGGCUUCAUCCACGUCCUGCCCAUCACCAACAACAUGACAGAGUUCAAGCAAGUGAUCCAGCAGCAGAGGAUCUCUGGGAACAUGGACACGCCAGAGGGAGGCUUUGACGCUAUGCUGCAAGCAGCUGUGUGUCAGAAAGACAUUGGCUGGCGACCUGAGGCUAAGCACCUGCUGCUGGUCAUGACUGAUCAGCCAUCUCAUCUAGCACUGGAUAGCAAACUGGCAGGCAUUGUGGUGCCCCAUGACGGGCGCUGCCACCUAGAGGAUGGUAUUUACUCCCAGUCUGCCCACAUGGAGCAUCCAACCAUCGGGCAGCUGGCAGAGAAGCUUUUAGAAAACAGCAUUUACUCCAUUUUUGCUGUGAAUCAGAUGCAAUAUAAGUGGUAUGAGGAUUUAGUGGCUUUUCUUCCAGGUACUUACCUGGGCAGGUUACUUCCCAAAGCCUCUAAUCUUACAAACCUAGUGGUGGAUGCAUACAGGAAACUCCUGUCAGAUGUUGGAGUGGAGGUGGAAAUCGAGGACAGCGAAGCACACAGGUUCUGGGUCAAUGUAACACCAGUUUGCCCAAACGGAUCCACUGUGGCAGGAAGCACCAAAUGCACCAACGUUCAACCUGGGCAAAAAGUCUUCUUCAACAUCACAGUAGGAAUGCGGGUAUGCCCGGACAAGGAUGAUGCACUGCAGAAAGAAAAUGAGCCUGAGGUUAUGUUGGUGGUGAAACCUGUUGGAUUUAACGAAUCCAUGACUGUGCGAGUGCGACAAGCCUGUGUGUGUAGCUGUGGUGGGGCAGGACCUUGCCAGGACAAUCCGGAAACUUCCCUCUGUGUGCCUGGAGCCGAUCCAGGAGCUGAGAGGAGUUUGAUGGACAGUUGCCGAGAUGUGAAGACAGGCUUGAUGUGCAGCGGCAGGGGAACAUGUGUGUGUGGGGCGUGUGUGUGUGACCAGACCAAACUUGGUACCAUCUAUGGAAAGUUUUGCGAGAAGGACGACUUCUCUUGUCCCAAUGAAAAGGGUCUAAUGUGUGCAGGACAUGGCCAGUGUGUCUCAGGGGAAUGCUCAUGUCAGCCUGGAUGGACGGGUGAGAGUUGCAGCUGCCCCGUCUCCACAGAAAGCUGCGUGUCGGCUGAUGGCUUGGUGUGUAGCGGGCAUGGAAAGUGUGCCUGUGGCAAAUGUGUUUGUGAUCACCACAGGCGCUCUGGAGUUUUCUGUGAGAAGUGUGCCUCCUGCUCAAACUCCUGUCAGUUACACUGGAGUUGCGUGGACUGCCACCUGUCUAAAGGCCUCGCCGUAGAUGAUACACAACAGUGCAACAGAAGCUGCACGUCACUAGUAGCCUAUGUUGAUGACAUUACUGAGCUAAUCAGAGGGAAGUACUGUCUGUACCACAGCAGGGAGCAGUGCGUCAUCAGGUUCCACGUGGACAUGGCCUCACACAGACCACAGCUAUGGAUUAGCAAGCAUGCUGAGUGUGUGUCUACCCAUCGGUACUUUAAGACCUUCCUCAGUGUCUUCCUCCUCACUCUGGUUCUGGGUCUGGGAAUCCUGGCUGUAGUGCGUUUGCUGCUCCGAGGCAAGAACUGGUCGCUGAGGGGACACGUCAUCGAGCAGUUUGACGACAGCAGUAAGAACCCGUCGUACGCACCCACUCCCAGUGAGAAGACAAUAACCUACAGACGGGACUGUCUCCCUGAGAACCCCAUGGAGAUGCAUGUUCAUGUUCACAAAAUCCCCCUGCACGACAUCUUUCCAUGACACACAGAGGACAAGAAGGAAAGGAGGCAAACAAGAGCAAUAAGCAAAUGAAUGUGCACUUGUUUUCCCAAAGCACACUCCAUGGUUUUUUUGGGGGGGGGGGUUUCGUUGGUUUCACUCCUUUUCCAUGAGAUGGAACUCUAUCUGGGUCCCUCUGGUACUUAAGGUACUUUAUAAAUCUUAUACAGUCUCUUAAGUCUGUAUAGAGGGCAAAGGUACUGAAUUUGGGUUUUAAAUUAAGUUUAAAAAUAUGUUGAAGUUUAAUUUAAGUGCAUACUGUUUAUUUAAGUCAGUUUGUUGUAAUGUAACACUAUGGUUUCUUUCUGCACCACUGCGUCACAGCCAUAGCAGACCUCAAGUUUGAGCCAGUUCCUUUAUUGGCUGAUGUUAGACUGCCACCUAGUGGAUGAUAUGAUAUAUGAUAUGAUAUGACCAAGAGAUACUUUGACUUUGAAACAAGUAGUAUUUACAGUAGGUACUCCAUAUUGGGAUAGAUCACAGGUACCUACCCAUGCACCUAGAGAACCCCUUUUCAUGCACGUGUUUGUAUUUUCCCUGCUCAAACUCAAACCCACACCCACUUUAGUAUAUUAGUUAACAAAGAUCGAACUAAAAUGUGCAGGACAGGAGGGUUCUCCAGGAUCACGGUUGGAGACCUGUGGAAUGGGUGUGUGAUUUCUAUGGAUCCUGAUUUAACCAACUGUUUAGUUACAAUGUGUAAAUAUAGAGCUACGUAGUGCAUUUGAAUCAGGCUUAAUGUACAAAGUUGAGUGGGUCAUACUUACAGUAAUUACUGCACUUUGUUCAUCUCAAAUAAUAUGUUACCUUGAGAUGUACUGUCGAAACUGGAAUUUUACUGUAUGGGUGGUUCAUGUUGUGUCUGUUCCUCACUUGGGUUACUGUAUUUCUUAAGAGAUGUGUACAAAUGUGAAUUGCCAGGUGAGUUGCACUUGUGUGCGUCAAACUACUGAAGUCCAGCGAUGCUCCUUAUCCAUGACGUGAGCAGUGCUGAUCCAGAGCCGAGGUCUGUUGGAUGUUCCAGUCUUUCCUUUGCCGUAGACUAGUUUCAACACUGUUUACAAUCAAACGUUCCAGCACUAAGAAGUUUAUUUAUUGAUUUGAUCAAGUUUUUGUUUUUAUUAGUAAUAAAUGCUUUUUACUGCUACGUAGAAGGUUAUUGAAAAAUGAAUUACUAUUCGUGCAUAUUUCUCAUGCACUGUUAACACAGAGAUGUAAAACACUAACUCAGUCGAUGUGAUUUUUACUUGAACACAAUGCAACCAUUGAUAGUCUGAGUGGCAGCCAGAUCACUGAACAAUUGGGCAUUAUUACUGUUUAUUACUGUGCAGAGCACUUUUGUUUUUCUGUUGUUGUUUGAUUUGAUUUGACAUGCAUUGUUUCAAUAAAAAUCCCAUCACAUGCA